UCUUGACCUUUGACCUGCAGCCGAUGACCGACCACCUUGAUGGCUUGUCUUCCUCCAGCUACUAUGAGUACGAUUACCUGUUUGACGAUGACCCGCUGCUCUCCUCCGACAAGAUGGUAUCGGGAGAAUCCAUCGAUCCGUCGCCGCCCCACAUCACCGACGAGCACAGCUACUCCAUGAUGAGUGAACCCAAUUCGCCCAUGAUGAAGGAGAUUAAGCAAGAAGAUGAUUUGGACAGCAACUACGAUCCCGAAGGCCUGGAUGACAUGCUUCCCGUUUCCCCUGAGACCGAGGACCACCAGCAAAUCUCCCUACUCUCGUCAGACCAGCACACCACCACCACCACGCCCGCCGGCUUGACCACCGGCUAUCUACUCAUGGACAAGCUGACCGGCGCCAAAUCCAUCUUGACCACUGCCAAUCGGACAUCACUGACCAGGAACGGAGAACUGAAACCGACCCUCGCCACCUUGCAGCAGAAGCAGGAAGGCUCAAAGAUCAAGCUGGAAUUGGUGACGAUGAUGAAUGUGGAUAAUGGACUGGAUACCAAUCAUCCGAUGCCACCAACACCACCAGGUAGUACUGCCAGCGACAGCGACGGGAGCGAGAGCCCACAGAGGUCCACGCCCUCGUCACCCCGUGCCUUACCCAUCCAACCUGCCAAGAGAUCAAUCUGCCGAACCGUCUCUCCUCAGCUCUUCACCAACAUCCAGAAACUGCCCCAAACUGGACCCUUACACCUGACGGAGGAAGAGAAGAGAACCCUGAGACAGGAAGGCUACCCAAUCCCGACCAAACUACCCCUCACCAAGGCUGAAGAGAAAUCCCUCAAGAAAGUCCGCAGGAAAAUCAAGAACAAGAUCUCGGCUCAGGAAAGUAGACGGAAGAAGAAGGAAUAUCUGGAAGCUUUGGAGAAAAGGAUGGAUUCAUACACGAGCGAGAACACGGAACUAAAACGCAAAGUCGAGAACCUGGAAAACACCAACCAAUCACUUGUCUCGCAGCUCUCCAAACUUCAGUCUAUCGUCAACAAGAUCUCCAAGCCAAUCAAGGCUCAUUCAACUCAGACCGGUACUUGCCUCAUGGUUUUAGUUUUAUGUUUUGCAGUCUUCCUCGGAUCCUGGACUCCCCAUUCAUUCUUGAGCAGUAACCAACACCUUCCCAAGAUCUUCUCUUCAUCCCCGCCCAACGACAUGCCACACCCAUUCUUUGGUCCCUAUGGUAACAACAUUCAGUACUCCGCCCCCAGUUUCCAUGGCGACAAUGACGAUGACCAGCCGGACCAGAUUUUCAGGAUGUACGGCCCCAAGCCAGCGUACGGUUCAGACGACGAAGACCCCUAUGCUACCAACUCUAUACGCUCAUCUCGUACCCUCCUCUCAUACCAAGACGAAGAAGAUGCCUUCGCUGGCAUUGAUCAUCAUUACCAUGACGAUAGCCACGCCCUCCUGGACAACAUAGCCCCGGAAGCCCCGAGCUUUGCCAAGAUGGCUGCCGCCAUGAUGACGGGGCAGAGGUCGGAGGUCGCUGGUGUGGAGAGCGAAGAGACCGGCUACGAGGCCUACAUCAUGCACCCUGAUAUGGAAGCCAAGAUCAUUCCUGUCGAUACCAUGGCCCUCAUCAACCGCUCCUCUAACAAGUGAACCAACAUUUCUCCUGCAUGAACCAAACAUUCUCGUUAUCUAGCCUAUGUAAAAAACAUGAUACCUCGCUACGUCAUUUAUCGAUUUAAAUAAGUUAACAUCGUUUUAUAGAGAUGAGAUAAUGGGUAGGCUGUUGGUGUAAUGUUUAUCCGAAAGCUGGAGAUUGUGUAGGUUGGAUUAGAUCGGCCAAACUGUUACUGCUACCAUUAAGAGUUAUCUCUCACCCUUCUUUUGAGCUUCCAGAAUAAGCAUUAGGCGUAUAUUCUUUGUUUGCUGGCAUUUUAAUAGAAUACAAAUUAGAAAGGACGUCUGCUUUAUUCUCAAUCCAAUUAAGGUGUGUCCGCAUUGUCCAAGCACUUCACACAGGUGAAGUUUAAAGACCAUUGAACAAUGAAAUACAGCUAAUUAUGUUUAAAGACUGUAUACCCCGUUAAACUUGGUUGUUUUAAGGGAGCUUGAAUUUUGGCCGCCAUCUAGCCACGCAGGAAACUUGAAAAUGAGCGCUUGCUUGGGGGUGAGCCAAUUUUGCGACUUGAGGUUGUGAAUGGUAGGCAGCCAUGUCUCCUUGACUCGACGUGUGGUUCAGGCCCAGACUGGGUUUUGAACCAAGAACCUGCGCCGUGCCACGUUAGUGUUGGAUGGAGUUGCCCUUGUAAUAGGAAUGCUAAAACGUCUAGUUUAUCUAGUAAGAUCAGCCACUGCCUGUAAAUGUUUGAUAAUAUCUAUUUAAUUCACAGAAUUGUUUAUUUGUGAAUAUAAAUAAAGGAGGGUGAUGAUGUUUCAAUUAAUUGCUCCAAUCUGAAAACAGAAUAAUAAUUUAUUUCCAAGGAAGACAGUAAGUGACUAUUCAAAUGGGUAUGGAUAAAAAAAUAUAACUUGUGCCUUGUCGUAUGUAAUUAAGAAGAUUAUAUGAAUCUUCAUAAAGUAUGUAUAUGUGAUAUAAAUAAUGGAAUUGAAAUUACAUGAAUUAUGUAUUAUUGGCAAUCACGGCCAUUGAAAUGAAAACUGAGAAAUGAUCUCUGGUCCAAAACUGAGAAAUGAUUUCUUGGUCAAUAAGUAUUAAUGAUUAUGUAUUCCAAGUGAGUAUCGAACAUUAAAUGAACGGUAAAAUAUUACUUAAGGAUCAUGGCUCGUUAAUUAAUUCUAA